GUUCAAUACCCUCCCUCCUUCUCAUGACUUUCCUAUUUCCUCUCUCUUUCCUUUCCUUCCACUCAUCAUCUUUCUCUUUAUCAUCAAAAAACUCCAAUCAAAGCCAACACUUAUGACUCAUGCUACUUCCUUCACUUUCAUCCUUCCUUCCUUAAUUAUUAUUAUGAUUCUUUAGACUUUUAGAAGAGUUAGAUACAUAUCACUAAUUACUGCCCCCUCUACUCUUUUAUUCUAUUCUAUUCUUAUCAUGAACUCCACUUUCAACCUUCCAGGUGGAGCUCAAAAUCAAAGAGAUUCAGAUAAAGGAACGAUGAUGACACCAACCCAGAACCCACUUUCCGAAAUAUCACCGUCGCCAUCUCCGUCGUCAGCGACGGCGCCAGCUCUGGUCCUUUCAAACUCAGGAAAACGGAUCGAUCAAGCAGGGAAGAAGAAGUACGUAAAGCAAGUAACGGGUCGUCACAACGAUACUGAGCUUCAUCUAGCAGCUCAAAGAGGUGAUGUUGGUGCUGUGAGACAGAUCCUUCUUGAUAUUGAUUCUCAAAUAAUGGGUACUUUGAGUGGUGAUGAUGAUGUUGAUCUUAACGCUGAGAUUGCUGAAGUUCGUGCUCUUGUUGUGAAUGAAGAGAAUGAACUUGGUGAAACUGCUUUGUUUACUGCUGCUGAAAAGGGUCAUCUUGAUGUUGUUAAGGAGUUGUUGAAACAUUCAACUCUUCAAACUGUUUCUAAAAAGAAUCGAUCUGGUUUUGAUCCUUUGCAUAUUGCUGCUAGUCAAGGACAUCAUGCCAUUGUUCAGGUUUUACUAGAUUAUGACCCAAGCUUAAGCAAAACUAUUGGUCCAUCCAAUGCCACUCCACUUAUAACAGCUGCGACGAGAGGGCAUGUCGAAGUGGUGAAUGAACUUCUAUCAAAGGAUGGCAGCUUGUUGGAAAUAGCAAGAUCCAAUGGAAAAAAUGCUUUGCAUUUAGCUGCUCGUCCAGGCCAUACAGAAAUCGUGAAAGCCUUGCUCAGCAAAGACCCUCAAUUGGCUCGGAGGACUGACAAGAAAGGGCAAACUGCAUUGCAUAUGGCUGUAAAAGGGCAGAGCUGUGACGUGGUGAAAUUGCUUCUUGAUGCAGAUGCUGCUAUUGUUAUGCUUCCUGACAAAUUUGGCAACACAGCAUUGCAUGUGGCAACCAGGAAAAAGCGAGUAGAGAUAGUGAAUGAGUUGUUACUCCUGCCAGACACAAACGUAAAUGCAUUAACACGAGACCACAAAACAGCCCUGGACAUUGCCGAAAACCUUCCUCUCUCUGAAGAGUCAUCAGAUAUAAAGGACAUCCUCUCUCGGUAUGGGGCACUUAGAGCUAACGAGCUCAACCAACCCAGGGAUGAACUGCGGAAAACCGUUACACAAAUUAAGAAAGAUGUUCACACCCAGCUGGAACAAACCAAGAGAACCAACAAAAAUGUCCACAAUAUAUCCAAAGAGCUGAGGAAACUCCACAGGGAAGGAAUUAACAAUGCCACAAACUCGGUGACAGUGGUGGCUGUGUUGUUUGCUACAGUUGCUUUUGCUGCUAUAUUCACCGUACCUGGUGGGGAUAAAGAUGAUGGAUCAGGAGUGGUAGCAAGUUAUUCUGCUUUUAAAAUUUUCUUCAUAUUCAAUGCUAUUGCGCUUUUUACAUCUUUGGCUGUUGUGGUUGUUCAAAUUACCCUUGUUAGAGGUGAAACUAAAGCAGAGAAAAGGGUAGUUGAGGUGAUUAACAAGCUCAUGUGGUUGGCUUCUGUCUGUACCUCAGUGGCAUUUAUUGCCUCUUCAUACAUAGUCGUUGGUCGGAGGAACGAGUGGGCUGCAAUUCUGGUUACAGUUGUUGGAGGAGUGAUAAUAUCCGGAGUUAUUGGCACUAUGACUUACUAUGUAGUGAGGUCUAAGAGAACAAGAUCCAUGAGGAAGAAAGAGAAGCAGCUAGCCAGGAGAAGUGGAUCCAACUCAUGGCAUCAUUCAGAGUUCUCCAAUUCCGAGGUUGAUCGAAUUUAUGCACUCUGAGUUUGAAGACCAAAUUAUGUUGGAAAGGAUAAUAGUUGUUUAGAGUUUUUUUCUCUUUAAAUUACCACUUCAAGAGUUUACAUAGAAGCUGUAAUGCAAGUGUACACUGCACAUAGUACAGACAGUUCUUCUGUAAGCUGCUGCUGUUGUUAGAGGAUCAUAACAAAUUGAAAUGAAAGCUUGAUCACUAUUGUAAGUCUUGAGUUUUGUGCACUUCAGCAUGGCUUAAGUAUGCAUUUGUAUAAAUCACAGGUUAUGAUUUGCGGGAAGAAUAACGGAAGUUGCUUUGAUUCUCAAA